AUGGCGUCGUCGACGCGGACUGACGGUGAUGACGGCGUCGCGGUCGCCCUCCCAGUGGCCGUCGAGGAGGCCACGAGGGCCGUCGCCCUGGAGGGUCUCGCGGAGGCUCCGAGAGCGCCGCUGGGUCGAGGGCACGAGGAGGAAGCCUCGAGGCACUCCCCCGAGUUGGCUUCGAGCGGCUCCAUCGGGGGGCCCUCGAUGGUGCCGACGAGGCCCGCCAUGUUGAGCGCAACGUGGACCGCUUCGGCGUUGCAGAGCGGCGGCCGGCACUCGUCAGCGGCCCCAUGGAGGAGCAGUGUCUACAGCAAGCCGUCCAUGAUGGCUACACCAGGGGACACUCUCGGCGGGAAUCUCUCACGCUGUUCUCAAGAGAUGUCCACGAGGGCCUCGAGUGUCUCGAGGCUCUCGAUGUUCUCGUGGCUGUCUCGAGCGCGCUGCACGAUACGUGGGAGCACGUCGAAGCCACAGGUCCUGGACGGCGACGAAGUCUGGCCCGUCCACUGGGGCAUCACGGUCGGCCAGGUCCGGCAGCUGCUCACACAGUGCCAGGAGGACCCAGGCUGGAGGAAGGACUACAACCUCUACCAGAUGGUCCAGAGGUAUGUCAUGCCGCGGACGGAGGGCACGGGCGUCGGCUACGCGCUCCUGGCCAACAGCGCGAGUCCUCUGGAGAUCAGCGUCAUGGUCUCCCACGCGUGGGCCGAGAAUGCGGAGAUGUUUGUGGAUACGCUAGAGCGCAGCGUUGGAAGGCAGGAGCCGAUGUUCAUCUGUGCGUUCGCCAUCUACCAGAAUGAGGACGGGGAGGGCCCCAGCAUCAGGGACCAGCUGGGCACGCAGGGUGAGGACAGCCCGUUCUACCAGGUGCUGAGACACGUUUCUGCAGAAGGGAACCGCCAGUUCUUAUGGCAGUUCAGAUCAAUUGGGCCAGUGAUGUGUUUCCUCGUCGGCUCGGCGAUGUAUAGUGUACCUAGUUUUUUUGCCAAGUGCGUGCCGGGCCUGAACGAAUGCGCAAGGGUGGAUGCUAGCACGGGCCGAUGGGUUUGGAGCGAGACCGAGUCAGUGUACAGGGCUUGUGUUUUUACUGGUGCUCUCUUGUUCGGCUUGGGCGUAUUGGGUCAGAUAUACAUCUCUUUGUUUCCAACUUACACUGGUCGGAUGGUCGUCGUUCCGAACAAGGAUAUCGACAUAUACGAGAGACUUUGGUGUGUGUACGAGAUUUUUAUUGCUGGGAGAUUGAAAGUGCCUGUUGUUCUUGGGUCGACUUUGGCGCGUGCGGGGAGAUGUAGCAGUCGCAACGCCGAGUGCUACCACGAGGAUGACAGAAGACGCAUUCGUAUGGAGAUUGAAAACUUUGGUCACGAAUUCUGUGAAGACAGGGAACAGGGGUACAGAUGGGUGGAUAGAGAGAUCGUGUGGGCAAUGCGGCGCGCCUGGACGCCCGUGCUGAGCGUAGCCAUUUUUCAGUGCCUCUUGCUCGUCUUCGUAACUUGCUUAUGGCCCGCUGGCAGCAGGCAGUGGAUCGACAAGGGCAUUCCAUUGUUUCCCGGCCAUGUGGUUGGGAACAUCUUGGGCACUGGUAUCACCGUCUGCACUUCAUAUAAAACGGCAUGGAUAGAGGGUGGAACGUGCUCAACGAGAGGCUUGCUGCGUACACUGUUCGUACAGUCGGUGCUCGGUUGUGUGCUCUUUGCUUCAGGCUUUGGAGCCCUUGGUGGCUGGCAGUGCGAGUGGGGAGCCAUCCACCCCUGGCAGGUUGAUGUGACGGCUGCUGCCUACAACAGCGGCACAAUGCUGUUGGUCAACGCUCCCGUGGUCAACGGUUUCCUUUGGUGCAAGCGCGUGCUUCAACGCGCAGGUUUUGCACAGUGGUAUCGGGUAGUGGCUCCUGCCAUGACGCUCAGCUACAUAGCUCUCGCGACCCAGGCCACGUACGUCCACUUUGAUGUCGACAGUCUCUACCCCUCCUUCCUGGUGCUCUUCACAGCGUGCGGUGCAAGUCUGUACCACAUCUAUCCAGCACGGCGGCGGAUUUUAUCUACAUGGCCGAGCGCUGGGGCGUGA